GGUGCUGUGUGUGUCAUGCCUUAGGGGGUUAUUUCUUAAACGCUUUAGGAUUUUUUUUUUUUUUUUUUUUUGGUUUCUUUUUUUGACUCUUCAGAGAGGCAAGAGUAAUUUCUCCCCUUCACUAUCAGGGAUCUGAGAUUCCGUUACUCCCAGAGAGACCCCUUUCUUUCGUUCUUUUCUUUGCACCUUUGCUGUUCUGCGGGCUAGACUCUCCCUCGGUCCUCCAAGACGUCUCGCCGCUUUAUUUGAUUUGAGUUCUGUUCAUUGAGAGAACCCCAGGCCCUGACUUAUCUUUCCUUCCCCUCUUUAGCGGGUUCUCGCCCGCCUCCAUCCUUGUCCUCGGCCUGAGGCAUGGAGCCUGACAGCUCUCGGGCAUCCCCACCCCGGGAGGGCUCUUCCUCUACUGGACCGUGGCCUUCCUCCACCCUCGGACAGGCCUUCUCCCAGAUCUUGCACCACCUUGCCGGCCAGGGAUCCGGACGGGCCAAGGCCAGAAAUGCAGCUCUUCAGGACCUCAGUGCUCUCCUGGAAGCCAAAGAAUGUGAUCAAUUAUUCGAGGGGAGCGACACCUCGCUCCGUGGGAUGCCCGAGAUGCUGGGGCAGGUGGCACAAGCCCUGGGGAAGUAUGCAGCCCCUCCCAAGGAGCCGGAAGGAAGAGGCGAUCGUCACUCCCAAGUGGCCGAGAAAGCGGCCGCAGUUGGGUUGCUGUUUCUUAAGCUGUUGAGGAAAGUUGAGGCCGCCAAGAAUUCCUUGGUCUGCCCUGCAUGGAAGACAGGUCUCCGUCACCUGGCAGGACCCAUCUAUAUUUUUGUAGUCACACACAGCUCGGAGCAACCGUGGACCAGCCCAAGAUCUCAGGAGCUCGCUGGACAGGUGCUCGCCUUACUGCUUCAAGUUACUGAGUGUGGUUCUGUGGCUGGAUUCCUCCGCGGAGAAAAUGAAGACGAGAAAGGGAGGUUUACUGCGAUCAUGGGGCUUCUCAAACCCGACUUGAAUAAGGACUCCUGGAAGAAUAACCCGGCCACCAAACAUGUUUUCUCAUGGACUCUGCGAAGGGUCACUCGACCCUGGCUGAGCCAGCAUCUGGAAAGGAUACUGCCCCCAUCAUUGCUCAUCUCAGAUGACUAUCAAACCGAGAACAAAAUUCUGGGCGUCCACUGCCUCCAUCACAUUGUGCUCAACGUGCCAGCUGCUGAUUUGCUGCAGUACAACAGGGCCCAGGUCCUCUACCACGCCCUUUUCAACCACCUGUACACACGGGAGCACCACGUCAUUCAGGCUGUGCUCCUGUGUCUGCUGGAUUUAUUCCCCAUCCUGGAGAAGGCCCUGCACUGGAAGGGAGUUGCGGCCCGACCCACCACCCACUGUGACGAGGUCCUGCAGCUGAUCCUGAUGCACAUGGAGCCUGAACACCACCUUCUCUUACGCAGGACUUACGCAAGAAGCCUACCAGCUUUUGUGAAGAGAUUGGGGAUCUUAGCUGUCCGGCACUUAAAGAGACUGGAGCGAGUCAUCAUUGGUUAUCUGGAGGUUUAUGAUGGACCCGAAGAGGAGGCUAGAUUGAAGAUACUGGAAACCCUAAAACUUCUCAUGCAGCACACAUGGCCCAGAAUUUCCUGUAGACUUGUGGUCUUAUUGAAAGCUCUCUUGAAACUGAUAUGUGAUGUAGCAAGGGAUUCAAGCCUCACACCCGAGUCUGUUAAGAGCGCCUUGUUAGAAGAGGCCACAGACUGCCUGAUACUGCUGGACCGCUGCUCUCAAGGGCAGGUGAAGGGUCUCCUGGCUAAAAUCUCCCAAAGCUGUGAAGACAGUAAGGUGGGGAACUGCAUCCGAAGAGUGCAGCGGGCUUCUGAAGGCACUUCCUAUGACGCAACUUAAGACUUGUAUUACUUUCCUGAAGAGGAAAGGAUUUUCUUUCUGUUCCAGUUGUUUUAAGUGGAAUUAUUUGAAGAAAAAGAAGUUGACAUUGCCAACCUGCUUUUACAGAGAAGUUACUUGAGAUGUUGGCACGGGAG